UUGUCUCAAAACAACAAGUGCACUUUCCUGUCAUCCUUUGCUUUGCUUGUUGUUUCCGCUUUCAAAAUGGUGUUUUUUGAAACCUGUGGUCCGAACGAGGCAAUGGUAGUCUCAGGGAUGUGCCACUCAAGACCAGCUUUGGUGACUGGUGGACGGAUAUUUGUUUGGCCGGUUGUCCAGAAACUGCAAAAGAUUUCAUUGAAUACAAUGACUCUAAACGUUGAGUCUCCCAAGGUUUAUACACGUCAUGGAGUACCAAUAUCAGUGACUGGAAUUGCCCAGGUCAAAAUUCAAGGACAAAAUCAAGAGAUGUUGCAUGCUGCAUGUCARCAGUUUCUCGGAAAGUCUACAGAACAGAUGAGACACAUUGCUCUGGAAACCUUGGAAGGUCAUCAACGUGCAAUUAUGGGUACAAUGACAGUUGAGGAGAUCUACAGAGAUCGUAAAAAAUUCUCAAAGAGUGUAUUUGAGGUUGCAUCAUCUGAUCUAGUCAACAUGGGUAUAAGCAUUGUCAGUUAYACUAUCAAAGACAUCCGUGACGAUGAGGGUUAUUUGCACGCUCUUGGUAUGGCCAGAACAGCACAAGUCAAAAGAGAUGCUCGUAUUGGUGAAGCUGAAGCUCACAGAGAUUCAGGAACCAAGGAAAUUGCAAGACGUGAGAAAGAGUUGGAAGCAACUGUCAGGCAACCAGCUGAAGCAGAAAAGUACAAAGUUGAAAAGCUUGCUGAGGCAAACAGAAAUCGUGUUGUACUUGAAGCUGAGGCACAGGCAGAAGCAAUUAAGGUGAAGGGAGAAGCAGAAGCUUUUGCAAUUGAAGCCAAGGCCAAGGCUGAAGCAGAGCAGAUGGCAAAGAAGGCUGAUGCUUGGAAGGAGUACAGAGAAGCAGCUGUUGUUGACAUGGUACUAGAAACACUGCCAAAGAUUGCAGCAGAAGUUGCAGCACCCAUUUCUCAAUGCAAUAAGAUCACAAUGGUGUCGAAUGGAAAGGGAGAAGUUGGUGCCAGCAAGAUCACAAGUGAAAUCCUGGAUAUUGUUGCUAACUUGCCUAAAGCUGUGGAAAGUCUCACUGGUAUUGAUAUCAGCAAGUACUCAGUAUUCACGCUAAUUAAUGUAAUAUUAUAAAUAUCAAACAAUUUUCAUAAUGUUGGYAAUGUACACAUAAAUACUGCAUCARUGUUMMUCAUUCCUGUCGCAUGGRCAUUCAUAGAAURGCCAUGAGACAGCAAUAAUAAUUUCAGCUGUAAUGUCAUCUGCAAUUCAUGAAUGAUGCUUUYWGCGGCUUAUAAGUUUGUUAUUUAGCAUUGGCAAACUAGRCCGAGUCAAUUAUAUAUGUGACCAAGGGCAUUUUAUAUCCAUGGCCUUAGGGGUAUCAUUUUUUAUAUCGAAUUGAAAACGGUGCUCCAGAGGCCAUAGAGAACAAGCCAGAAUUAACAAAAAAAUAUAUAUAAAGUCUCAAUACUUGUACAGUGAAUGUUAGAAGGAAAACGGUGGAGAUUUCCGUGGGUUUUCUUUAGUGUUUAGUGCAGUUGUCUUGUGAACAACCAGUCGUUUGAAUCAUUGGACAAAAGCAACUAAACAUUCACACUAUAAGCACUAUUCAUUUUAGCGUUUACUCGUCUUGUCCGCCCAAAAAUGCAUAAGAUUCACUCARUUUAUCAAAUAUUCAAUUAUGGAAGCUGUUUUGGUAAAGGAGUCUUUUGYCUUUUUAGGAAGAAUUUCUGUGUAGACAGUAAACAGCUAUAUAAUAAUUAUUUUAGCGUUUGCUUGUCCCUUCCGCACAAGAAUACUUAGUUAAGAUUCAUUUCUAUCAAAAAAUACAAUUCGUGGCUAUAUGGAUGAAGAUAUUUAGCUGUUUUAAUAAAAGAGCCAUUCACAAAGUAUUUCUGUGUGGACAGUUUCAUKAAGAGGUAUUAGAAAGCUUGUUAUAUUAUAAAAGGUAUCAAAUUAAACGCUCCACUGUAAGAACAUCUUGCACUGAAAAGUUUAGUUAACUUGCGUUCUAGUAAUCAUUUUUAACAGGCAAUUGUACACAUUUCACAUGCCUUUGUUUUAGCCAAAACUUGCCGAAAGAUUAUAAAAAGAAAACCUUCCAGCUUUUGUAGAAGCAAGGAUUAUAGCUCAGUUUUGAUGUUAAUAAAGCAGUCAAUAUUAAAAA